CAGCCAAGCUCAACCUUCGUCAACGUUGGCAUCGUCGGAUUCUCGUUUUCCCUUCAACGUCCUCUUAGCCUUCGCCCGUCAACGUCAUCUCCUACCGGCUUCUUGAAGGUAUUGCCAUUUCGAUAAACACCUCGAAUUCUUGGUAUACCUCCGCUUGGCUCCUUAUCGCCCAUUCUUUUGUCCCAGCUAGCCUUGCAGCCUCUCGCUUUUCCCAACCUCAACCCGCUACGGCAUCACAAUCACAAUGGGGGACCCGAGAGACUCUUCAUCCUACUCUAUUGUGCCAAGAAUCAGCUACAACACUGUUAGCGGUGUCAACGGCCCUCUGGUUAUUCUUGAGAAUGUCAAGUUCCCCAGUUACAAUGAGAUCGUAACGCUCACUUUGCCUGAUGGAACUGAGAGAUCCGGCCAGGUCCUCGAAGCUCGAGGUGACCGAGCCGUUGUCCAGGUUUUCGAGGGUACUCCCGGUAUCGACGUUAAGAAGACCAAAGCCAAGUUUACUGGUCAAACUCUGAAGCUCGGUGUCUCUGAAGACAUGUUGGGCCGUAUCUUUGACGGAUCUGGUCGCGCUAUUGAUAAGGGUCCUAAGGUCUUGCCUGAAGAAUACCUUGAUAUCAACGGUAGCCCUAUUAACCCAUACUCUCGUGAAUACCCCGAGGAAAUGAUCUCGACCGGUAUUUCCGCCAUCGACACCAUGAACUCGAUUGCCCGUGGCCAGAAGAUUCCCAUUUUCUCUGCCUCUGGUCUGCCUCACAAUGAAAUUGCUGCUCAGAUUUGCCGACAGGCUGGUCUUGUUAAGCAGCGCGGUAUUACAAACAAGGGUGUUCACGAUGGUCACGAAGACAACUUCUCCAUUGUAUUUGGUGCCAUGGGUGUCAACUUGGAAACUGCUCGUUUCUUCACAAGAGAUUUCGAGGAGAACGGUAGUCUCGAGAGAACUACCCUCUUCCUUAACCUUGCUAACGACCCUACUAUCGAACGUAUUAUUACUCCUCGUCUCGCUCUUACGACUGCCGAAUACUACGCCUACCAGCUGGAGAAGCACGUAUUGGUUAUUUUGACCGAUCUUUCUUCCUAUUGUGACGCCCUUCGUGAGGUUUCCGCUGCUCGUGAAGAAGUUCCUGGUCGUCGUGGUUACCCAGGUUACAUGUACACUGAUUUGUCUACCAUCUACGAGCGUGCUGGCCGUGUUGAAGGCCGUAACGGAUCCAUCACUCAGAUCCCUAUUCUCACCAUGCCCAACGAAGAUAUCACCCACCCUAUUCCCGAUUUGACGGGCUACAUUACCGAGGGCCAGAUUUUUGUCGACCGUGCCUUGCACAACCGUGGUAUCUACCCCCCUAUCAACGUGUUGCCUUCUCUGUCUCGUCUGAUGAAGUCGGCUAUUGGUGAGGGUAUGACUCGCCGUGAUCACGGCGAUGUUUCCAACCAAAUGUAUGCCAAAUAUGCCAUCGGUCGUGAUGCGGCCGCCAUGAAGGCAGUCGUUGGUGAAGAGGCGCUGUCCGCUGAAGACAAGUUGUCUCUGGAAUUCUUGGAGAAGUUCGAGCGCCAGUUUGUGAACCAGGGUCCUUACGAAUCCCGCACAAUUUUCGAGUCGCUUGACCUGGCCUGGAGCUUGCUCCGUAUCUACCCCAAGGAGAUGCUCAACCGUAUCCCCGGUAAGGUUCUCAACGAGUUCUACCAAAGAGCGCACAAGGAAGCCAAGGCCAAGGGAAAGGCACGCGCUCAGGCUGAGGAGACCAGCAAGCAGCAGACAGAGGAGAACCUCAUUGAUGCAUAGAGGCAACGACUGUUUAGAAAUGGGCCAUGGGAUCAUGCUCUAGACGUGGGAAAGGGAGAUGGAGAAGAUAUUAUCGUGUAUAAGCCGGUAUUACUGGCAAGCCUGUUUCUCGUAGCUGUGUAAUUUUCAUGUUUCAUCCAUCGGCAGUUGGCAUAUUUGGUCUAUGGUGACGUACGCUCGAUAAAUGAACCUCGGAGGGCUGGCCAGCAACAAGAUGGCGUGGUCCCCUUGUAGGCUACUCUGCUUGGUGGGAGCCCCUGAUCACAUGAAGUUUGCUUCGAUAGUCUUGGGUGGACCAUAACUUUAACAGGAUCAAAUAAUCCAACAAAUAGAAUUAAAUUUAUUUAAUUGCAUU